AUGGAAACGAAGGAGAUGAAGGCGAUACGGAGACAGAAACGUUUGUCGAGGAACGAGAGCAAACUCCCGUUUGAGUCGAAUCAGAGGAAAGCGCCGAUAGAGAGAAUGGAGACAACACAGAAGGAUAGGAGGGAGAAUCGGUUCUUGCACCGUUUGCCGGGAUGCAAACGCGGGCGAAGGCCAGUAGCAGCUCGUGACAAGGACGGAGGUUCAGCCGGGCACAGCCGCCAAGUACAAGAGCAAAGAGAAACGAGGAAGCCUCAGGGGGUGAAGCGAGAGUGUUCUGCGUUUCAUGAAGAGAAGAAAAGCUGGAAGGAGAUACAGAUGAAGACGGAGAAGCUGUGGCUGUCGAGGACGGAGAUGAACUCGAGAGAGACGGAUCCGACGAAGAACGGGUCUGCUGCUUUUUGGAGGCUGAAGCUUCGGCUGAAGCAAGAAAAGGGGAAGCGGCAGAAUAAGAAUGGGCAAGAGACGAGGGUGAAGGACACGGUGAAGGAGACAGAGAAGGCGAGGAAGCAGAAAGAAGAGAGGAAGGUUGUGCAGCUGAAGCCUGUUGAGGUUGUCCAAGAGCUGCAGCAACUUCCGUCUCAAUUUGGGAUGCGAAAAGGCGAAUAA